UAGACUAAACUGGAGGUGAUUCCUCUCAUGCGGAAUAGAUAACAGUCUCAAGGGGCUGAUGAGUAAUCUGUGUAGCCCAUCUAUUCAGUAAUUCAAGCAAGCUCUUAACUGCUAAGGUGUACUGUGUCAAGAACCAGCAUCCUCUAUGUGUUGCGCAACAUUUCACCUGAGCUGACUAGUGAAAACUAAAUGCAUUUGGAACGGAAAUGACAAACAUGCAGAUGAAGCAUUUGAUGAGCUCUUAUGCAACCCUGACUUAUGUAAACGAACACAAAUAAAGGAAGAUGUGUGGAUUAUAAAAGGAAGGGAAAUACAAUGCAGUUAGCCUCUCCAGGUGCAAGGUUUGAAAAUGAAGAUCCUUUUUUCACUGACCUAUCUGGUUUUUAUUAGUUCUCCAGCUUGGACAAUAGAUAGGUACUAUUACAUAGGCAUUGAAGAAACUACUUGGAACUAUGCUCCUACUGGUAAAAACAUGCUCAAUGGAAGGCCUUUUUCAGACGAUCAAGAGUUUCAAUCCAAAACAUAUCUCCAACCAAGCCAAGAUAGGAUAGGAUCUGUUUAUAAAAAGGCUUUGUAUUUUGGGUACACGGAUGAUACAUUUCAAACCACCAUUGAAAAACCAUCCUGGUUGGGAUUUUUAGGUCCAGUCAUAAAAGCAGAGACUGGAGACCUCAUUCAUGUACAUGUGAAAAAUAAUGCUUCCAGAAUAUAUAGUUUCCAUCCUCAUGGACUCAGCUACACUAAGGAUAAUGAAGGUGCUCUCUAUCCAGACAACACUACGGGCCUGCAAAAUGAAGAUGACCGUCUACAGCCAGGGGCAGAAUACACUUACGUGUGGUUUGUAGAAGAAAACCAGGGACCUGGCCCCAAUGACAGCAAUUGCGUGACGCGGAUGUACCACUCCCACGUGGACACCCUAAAAGAUGUGUCUUCGGGACUUCUCGGACCCAUUCUGACUUGUAAAAGAGGAACCCUGGAUGGAGAUAUGGAAAAAUACAUCGAUGAGUAUUUCAUUCUGGUGUUUUCUAUAACUGAUGAAAACCGUAGCUGGUAUAUCGAUGACAACAUUCUUAUGUACACUGAAGCUGGUCAAGUUGAUGCUAAUGAUCCCGACUUCAAGGAGAGCAACAUCAUGCGCUCAAUAAACGGAUACUUGUAUGGAAAUCUACCUGGUCUCACCAUGUGUGCAGAAGACAGGGUCACGUGGCAUUUAAUCAGCAUGGGCAGCCUGUUGGAUAUACACCCCAUCUACUUCCACGGACAGACUCUGAUAUCUCAGCAUCACAGAAGGGAUACCAUUACCGUCUUCCCUGCCUCCAUGCGCGACGCCCUCAUGGUGGCCAAGGGUGUUGGAGAGUGGCUGCUGGACUGUCGGAUACAUGAGACUAUGCAGGCUUUCUUUAAUGUAAGGGAUUGCCAAAAAUCGUCAGCAGAUGGUAAGGGGACACACGUUGUUCGUUAUUUCGUUGCUGCCAGAGAAAUUUUCUGGGACUACGCACCAUCUGGCAUAGAUUUCUUCAGUGGAAAUAGUUUAACAGAGGCUGGAAGUGAAUCCCGCUUCUAUUUUGAACAAGGCCCAACCAGAAUCGGAGGAACUUACAAAAAACUAGUUUACUUUGAAUACACAGAUGCUUCCUUCCAAACCCAGAAAGCAAAAGCAACACACCUUGGACUCCUUGGCCCUGUCAUUAAGGCAGAAGUGGGGCAGAUCAUCCAGGUCACUUUCUACAACAACGCUUCCGUGCCGCUCAGCAUUCAUCCCCAUGGACUGCGUUACAACAAGAACAAUGAGGGCUCCUUCUACAGAACGCCGGGAGGAGGAGCCCCGUCGCCCUCCUCGUAUGUAAAUCCUGGGGCAACAUUCGUUUAUACAUGGGAAGUUCCGAUAGAUGUGGGACCCACUUCCACAGACCCCAACUGUCUGACCUGGUCAUACUUCUCCUCAGUGAAUUUUAAAAGAGGCAUCAACAGCGGCCUCAUAGGGCCUCUUCUCGUGUGCAGAAAUGGAAGUCUUGGAGAGGACGGCCAACAGAAAGGAAUAGACAAAGAAUUUUACCUACUUCCCACAAUAUUUGAUGAAAAUAAAAGUUAUCUCUUACAUAAAAAUAUCAGGAUAUUUACCACAGACCCUGAAAAUGUGGAUACAGAGGAUCCAAACUUCCAAGACUCUAACAAGAUGCAUUCCAUAAAUGGAUACAUGUAUGGAAAUCUGCCUGGACUAGAUAUGUGCUUAGGAGACAGUGUUUCAUGGCAUGUUCUUAGUGUGGGAUCAAGUCAAGACUUACAUGGGAUAUAUUUUUCAGGAAAUACCUUCACUUCCUUAGGAUCAAGGGAUGACACCGUAGUUGUGAAUCCCCAUAUCUCCCAAACACUUCUUAUGACACCUGAUUCCACAGGCAUUUUUGAUGUGGUGUGUAUGACCUCAGAGCACUAUAUUGGAGGCAUGAAACAUAAAUACCAAGUGAGGGAGUGUGCAGAGCCAAACCCCGAUCAAACACAGUACCAGGAGGCGAAGGUUAUUUAUAUCUCAGCAGAGGAGGUUGUGUGGGAUUAUUCUCCUAGCAGGGGCUGGGAGAGAGAACUGCAACGUCUCCAAGGACAGAACAAAACAAACAUAUACUUGGAUAGAGUUGAGACAUAUCUUGGGUCCAAAUACAAGAAGGUCGUAUACCGCCAAUAUGAUGACAUCACAUUCACAAAUCAAACAGUACGAAAUGAAGAUGAAAUACAUCUGGACAUACUAGGUCCUAUAAUAUUUCUCAGCCCUGGUGAGAAAAUCUAUGUUGUCUUUAAAAAUAAAGCCUCAAGACCAUAUUCUAUUCAUGCUCACGGCGUGAAAACAGACAGCCCCACUGUUUCAGCGACACAGCCAGGAGAGAUCCGAACAUACAUUUGGCAGGUUCCUGAAAGAUCUGGUCCUACCUCAAAUGACUUUGAGUGCAUACCUUGGUUUUACUAUUCGACUGUGGACAUGGUCAAGGAUCUCAAUAGCGGACUGGUAGGUCCUUUGAUUGUAUGUCGAAAAGGCACCAAAGAAAACAUAGUUCACCGUGUUCUCUUCUUCAUGACUUUUGAUGAGAAUGAAUCCUGGUACAUUGAAGAAAACAUCAAUACCUAUGCUCAAGACCCAAACCAAGUAGACAGGAAUGAUAUUACUUUUAAACAAAGCAACGGAAUGCAUGCCAUUAACGGAAGAAUGUUUGGAAAUAACCAAGGCCUGGUAUUUCACGUGGGGAGUGAAGUGAAUUGGUACCUGAUUGGCAUAGGGGAUCAGACUGACCUGCACACAGCUCACUUUCAUGGCCACAGCUUUAUCUUCAUGCUCUCACUUACUGCAUCAGCUCAGCUUCCUGCCUUCUCCCCUAACUCCUGUGGCUGGUAUUUUUUCAUCUCUCUGAGCAGCUCCAAAUUGGAAUAUAUCCCCGUUACUUAAGAUUUACCUGUGCAAGCGUAAAAUCAAGGACACAGAUUUCAAGUGAAAUUUGAGGGGUAAGUUAGAGGGCUUUUAUUAUUAUUACACAGUGAAAAUGUUACUGUUCUUAUCAGGUGACAUUAGAUGUCCUUGUUUUUAAUUAUCCUUCCACCACGAACCUCUGGUUCUCUUGCUUUUUGCUCUCACUCUCAACACUUCUUUCUCCUCAUUCUUCCUCUCCUGAUUCUCUUCUCUCCUCUCCUCAAAUUAUUCUGGACCCCAUCAUGAGCUGCACUCUCCAACACAUCCCCCACGCUCCAAACACCUCCCAUCUGUCAAUAUUAUGCAGAGAAAUUCAUUCUCUCUUACUCUUUUUCUAAUCCAUCCAAGCCAGGCCUUGCCCGUCCUUUAUCAAAAUCAGAGUAGCCUACAGAUGAGACAGUCUCCUAAACCUCGGGUUUUCUGUUUACGGGAGAAAUUAGCCAUUAAGGCCUCAGCCUUCGGGCUGAACCCCAGAGAGCAGAGAUGUGGCUCCUUUCUUUCCUGAAACUGUGAGUUUUCCUGAUUAGUUACACCUUGAAAAAUGAUCAUAUUCAUGUCACCAACAUCCCUAGUUGGAAACAUUUCAGUGAGAACAUUUGGGAUUUGUGAAACUGAUGUUCUCUGAAACCUGGAGCACUGUGAAUGAGACGCCGACAAGGUACCUAAAACCUACACUGCCACAGGCACCCUUUUAGAGCGAGAUGUCUUUCCUGCGGCCUGUCGCUAAAAGCCCUGGGACUUCCUUCGCCAAGCUCUCAGCUGUAUUCCGAGGAGAGGUUCAGUGGCACCUAGAGCUUUCUAACCGUCAUCUGAUGAAGUACACACGAGAGGAGUUAGAGCAAGCGGGAAGUCGGGUGUGCGGGCCAGGAACGCUGGUGUGCUGCGGUCUUGGGCUCGCAGAGUCGGACGUGAUUUACAGGCUGAACCGCAACGGAAGGUGUGAACGACAGAUAUCUCUCACAAGCCAUUUAAUUGUGUUUGUCUUUUU